UUAAGCCAAUUUUUUUUUUCUUUUUUCGCUAGGACUCUCUCUUGCCAUCCCUUAGAUUUCUUGCAGACCUGCAGGGUCACUUCCCCAAAGCCGUCAAGAGCUUAGGAUGUGCCUGGACAGGCAAGCAAGCCGGUUUUGAGGAGCUUCUGGUUAUGUCGGUUCAGAGGAGGAGGAGGAAUCCCUCCCUCUCCACCACCCCCCUGUAUAAAAUAAAUGGUAUUUCCUGCUUUCAUAAACAGUCAUGUGCACUAUUGGCCAGGCCGACGACGGUGCCUCUGGAUCUCUUUCUUUCCCAGCACUGUUGAAUCAGAAUCGGUCUCCCCGCCGAAGUGCAAGGACCCUUUCCCGGCCGUCUGCAACAAAGGGGACUUCACGGGAAUAAGGCAGUCGGAAGAGCAGGGGCAGGCCUGUCGUGUUGGUUGUGAAUAUUUUCUGAUUUUUCCAGAAAUCAAGCAGAAGAUUGAGCUGCUGAUGUCAGUUAACUCUGAGAAGUCGACCACUUCAGAAAGGCCAGAGCCUCCACAAAAAGUUCCCUCCGCACCGCCGCCACCUCCUCCUCCACCACCACCGUUGCCAGAACCGACCCCGCCGGAACCAGAGGAAGAAAUUCUAGGAUCCGAUGAUGAGGAACAGGAAGAUCCUGCAGAUUAUUGCAAAGGUGGCUACCAUCCAGUGAAAAUUGGAGAUCUUUUCAAUGGUCGAUAUCACGUUAUCAGAAAAUUAGGAUGGGGUCACUUCUCUACAGUCUGGCUAUGCUGGGACAUGCAGGGGAAACGGUUUGUCGCAAUGAAAGUUGUGAAAAGCGCUCAACAUUAUACGGAGACAGCCUUGGAUGAAAUAAAAUUGCUGAAGUGUGUCCGUGAAAGUGACCCUAACGAUCCAAAUAAAGACAUGGUGGUGCAAUUAAUUGACGACUUUAAAAUUUCUGGCUUGAACGGCAUACAUGUCUGUAUGGUUUUUGAGGUACUCGGACAUCACCUUUUAAAAUGGAUAAUUAAGUCCAGCUAUCAGGGCCUUCCGAUCCAUUGUGUAAAAAGUAUAAUAAAACAGGUAUUGCAGGGUUUAGAUUACCUCCACAGCAAAUGUAAGAUCAUUCAUACGGAUAUCAAACCAGAAAACAUCUUGAUGUGUGUAGAUGACACCUACGUGCGGAGAAUGGCGGCGGAAGCUACUGAGUGGCAGAAAGCAGGAGCCCCUCCUCCCUCUGGCUCCGCAGUGAGCACUGCCCCACAACAAAAGCCUAUCGGAAAGAUAUCUAAAAAUAAAAAGAAGAAACUAAAAAAAAAGCAAAAGAGGCAGGCCGAGCUGCUAGAAAAACGUUUGCAGGAAAUAGAGGAACUGGAGCGAGAAGCGGAGAGGAAAAAAACAGAAGAAAAUGUAACCUCUACUACUCCGUCCAACAAACAAGAGGACGGGUACCAUCCCGAAGUUAAACUAAAAACUGUAGAGUUAGAGGAAGUGGCAGACGAAGAACCUGGGAACGAAGAAGAUGGAGACACAGAAGACCAAGACGAGAAAGACGACACGGAAAAAGAAAAAGACACGGAGAAGGACGAGGACCUGGAACAAGAACUGGCCAAUUCAGAGUCCGCGGAUCCCGCUUGGAUAGAAUCUCCCAAAACCAAUGGCCACAUUAUAGAUGGCCCUUUCUCCCUGGAAGAGCAGAUUGAGGAGGAAGAGGAAGAGGAAGAGGAGGAGGAGGAAGAAGGCCCGAAUGCCGAGCAAUAUAACCUCGAUGCGCCCGACGCGAAAAGCGAGUACAGCUACAGCAGCUCUUACGAACAAUUUAAUGGCGAAUUGCCAAACGGACGUCAUAACAUUCCAGAAUCACAAUAUUCGGAAUUCUCCGCUUCGGCGUUCCCCGGAGCUUUAGAUUCCAUCGCUUGUGGUUUGGCGGUUUCUGAAGAGUCGACCGUAACCGAAAGAGACGGAAGCACUCCAUCCCACGACAGGAGCAGGACGGUUUCAGCAUCCAGCACCGGAGACUUGCCAAAACGUAAGCAUUUUCGUUACUGUGACCGUUAACCGUGAUCUUAACCG